UAUAGCUUUUUGUUUGAGUUUAAAAGCAACAUUUUUGGUUUAUGUAGACUGUUAAACCCUUUGAUGGCAGAUCUUUCACUAUAAAUGACAGACUAAUUUAUUUACUAUAUUUUAUUCUCUCUUGUACAGGCUCCAGAGCACAAAGGGUUAACUUGUAGGAGGCUCUGUCUGCGGAUUUGGGUGGAGUUCUUUUCUCAUAUGUAAUUAGCUGAGCUAUGUUUCAGCAUCUUUGAGGAAAAGCCAUCACUUUAGCGCAUAUUUCUUUGAAAAAUUACAUUUUACUUUCGGCUCCCUGUCAGCUAUGGGCGACAUCAGUGAAGCGUCUCUACUGGAUUAUAUCUAUUCUUCUGGAGGAAAAGUCAAAAAUUCAGAUUUGUCCAAAACCUAUAAGCAUUUCAUAAACCAUAGCGAUUUGCAACUACGUGCCAAAUACAGAGAAGAGUUUAAACUCAUCAUUGACCGUAUUGCGGUGGUGAAAUCGGAGAAUGGAGAGAAAUACCUCGUCCUUAAGAAGAAGUAUAGACAAUUGAUGCAAGAGUCUGGUCAUGGAAAGGAAGGAGAAUCAAGCAAAAAGGUUCAUCAAACUCUUCAGAAUGAGCUCCGGGUUUUAAACCCAGUGCAGAACCCUCAUCCAAUGAACGUGACUCCAAAACAGAAGCCAGCACAGGUGGCCUGGUGCACAGGGCCCAUAAUCACAGUCACAGAGGUCCCAGAACUGACCCAUACACAUGAUGAGGCAGACUGCACCCCCUUACUACCAACUGCUGCGGAGAAACUGGAGGCUCUGACCGAGAAACUGGAGGCUCUGACGGAGGAACUGUCAGCAUCAGACCGAGAACAUGACCUCAAUAAAGACUCAGGGUCAAAGAGUGAAUCAGAGCAGGAUGAGGAAUGUGAAAGCAGUUUGGGACCCACUGCAGUGGCUCUGGAACCUAUUGAGAAAGAAUGGAUUUUCUCAGCAGCAGGUGGCAAACUGUCUCACCUCACUCAGCUGUUGAAACAGGACUCUUCUCUGGCCAAUAAAAAGGAUUUUACCUCAGUAAGUUUGCAUCCGUUCACACAACACUGCACUUACAUUUAUUCAAAACCACUAAAUGAGUGAACCUCAGCAAACAUG